AUGGCUGAGGUAAAGCUAUCUAUAGGAGGGGAGGACGUUGGCAUGAACAACUCGAUGGAGUACAAGAACGAUAAAGGAGCUUCCAUGGAAUUUUUGGGGGAUCAAAAGGAUUCUUCUAAAGAAGAAAAUAUCUGGAUUUGUCGGCGUCAGAGAAUGACUCAUGCAUUCGAGUUUGGGCGAACCGCAGAGGGACCAGAUUCAGCAGAAAUAAAGAAAGCUGCUCAAACACUUGUUGAGGUCAUCAAAGGCGCCAAAGUCGAAGAAUUUAUUUCAGCAAUCGAAUGGCUGAAAUGGCUUGUCGAACGAAUUGAUCGAUCUAGCAUUUUAAAUUUCCGUGGCCAAUCGGGUUGCUCACUGCUCCACGUUGCAGUAGCCAGCAGCAAGGACGACAUCCUACAGCUUCUGCUUUUUGAUGCCGAUGACCAACUCAUGGCCACCCAAAAUGAUUGGGGAGAUACCCCCUUCCACACCGCAGCUAAGACCGGGAACUCAAAAGCGGUCGAGAUGUUGAUUCGCCGGGCGAGGAAACCCCUCAACGACAAGCGCGAGAAUCAGAUUCUGACGAUGAAGAACAAACAUGGAAACACUGCUUUGCACGAGGCUGUGCUCAAUCGUCACGUUAACGUGGUGAGCCUUUUGUUGAAAGAAGAUUUGGAGCCCGUGUACUUGGAGAACGAGGCAAAGAAAUCUCCCCUGUACCUGGCCCUUGACACAGGCAACUCCGAGAUACUUGAGAUUUUACUUUCAUACUCGCCCGAACCAUCAAAGAUAAAAGGCUUGCCGCCCGUUCAUGGUGCCCUUGUGCGUCCUGACUAUGGUAAGAACCUAAAUCUAUAUGUGGGAAAUAUCUAUGUAUGCGUAAACUGA